CUUCUCGAUCCUGACUCCUGGGAAAACGAUCCGCCAACGACCAGACCACCAUCGAAAAGCGACCCAGUAUCAUACACAAAGCUCCUCCUUCGAGAGAGUAUAUACAAGAUCUAGGCACUCAGGAAGCUAGAAGUGGACAGGGACGUCCGAACAUCGCGUCAACGGAAAGGCCUCUCAAUCUCGACGGGCAAGAUGGUCAACCCCACGGGGCCUUACUUGGUCGCUAGUCUCCUUGACAAGAUGUCCCAUCACGAUCCGGAUUACCGGUGGAUGGCGACCAAUGAUCUUAUGGGAGCUCUCCAGUCUGACAGUUUCCAAAUGGAAGACGUCAACGAGAAGAAAGUUGUUUCAGCGCUUAUUAAGCUGCUGGAAGACUCAAAUGGAGAGGUUCAAAACGUAGCGGUGAAAUGUUUCGCACCACUAGUGAAGAAGAUUCAUGAGAAUCAGCUUCAAGAGGUGGUUGAUCAGCUUUGCCGUCUCUUGACCGAUAAGCGUGAAGACCUGAGGGACAUUGCUGGCAUCGGAAUCAAGACCGUUGUGAUCGAGCUGCCUUCCGACUCGCCGGUGUCAAGCAAGGUUGUGAGCCAACUUGUGCCCAAGUUACUGCAACAGUUUUCCCCGGAUGUGAAAGACCCACAACUGGACGUUAUCGACAUUCUUUCCGAGAUUUUGAGUCGAUUCGGUCAAUCCCUCGCUUUAGGACCCGGCGGAUUGCAGUUACAGAGAUCCAUCAAAAACACGUUAUUCCCUAUUCUUAACCAUUCACGAGCAGCAGCUCGUAAGCGAGCCACCGCGGCUUUAGGGCACUUGGUCGCUCAUCUAUCGGACGAGCUUUUCGAGGAGCUGGUAAAAGCCGUGUUGAACGAGCUGCAGCAGCGGAGCAGCUCCUCUGAUUACGACAAACUGAGGACGCACAUUGGAUGCUUAGCCGCGCUGAGUCGUUACAGCUCGCCUCGCUUAGCUCAGCACCUCGACGAUGCUCUACCACUUGUCUUUCAGUACAUCGAGAUCAAUGACGACGAGCUACGAGAAAACUGCCUGCAUGCAUUGGACUCCUUUGUCUUACGUUGUCCGACAGAAAUGACGCCCCACAUUCCUAAGGUCAUCGCCAUAGCUUUAAAAUAUCUGAAGCACGACCCGAACUUUGAAUCUGACGAGGAUGCUAUGGAUGUUGAUCAACAAAAUGGGGACGAAGAAGAGGACGGAAACGAUGAGGAUGACGAUGAAGACGAAGAGGAGGAAGAAGACUAUGAAGAUGAUUAUUCGGACGAGGAUGACGUCUCCUGGAAAGUUCGGAAGGGAUCUUCGAAGCUCCUGGCAUCAAUCAUUGGGACUCGGUCGGACUUCCUUGAGGAGCUCUUGAAGACUGUCGCGCCUGCGCUUAUUGCCAGAUUCAAAGAGAGGGAAGAGAGCGUCCGCGUGGAUGUCCUGGGCACGUUCACCACCCUCAUUCGACAAACUGGAGUAGCAACAGGUUCCGAGAAGGCCCAGGCACGUGAUGUCGGAAAUGGGCCCGAGAGUAAGCGCCGGAGGGUCUCCCCCGGUGCCACGGAUAUGGUGAUUGACGAGACGCCGACGACCCGAGAUCUCUUGCGCCAGAACGUUCCCCGACUGAGCAAAAUCUUGUCCAAGGAGCUGAAAGGCAAAUCGGUGCCGGUUCGCCAGGCCGGGUUCCAUCUACUCAGAGAAUUGGUACGCGUGUUGGAUGGAGGUCUGGAGUCGAGCAUUGGCCUGUUCAUGCCAGCAAUCGAGAUAUCACUGGCGACCAGUCCUUCGCACUCCGUGAAAGCGACUACGAACUCGAACGUCAAGAUUGGAGUUCUGGAGUUUUUGCGGAUCCUCUUCCUCACCCAUAAGCCAACCGUAUUCCAUAAACACCUGGGCAAGCUCGUUCCGCUCAUCGUUUCUGCGGCGCAAGACAAAUUCUACAAGAUCACCGCCGAGGCCUUGACGGUUGUGAUAGAGCUCGUUAAAGUCAUCCGCCCAAUCUCGUACGAUGGAGACAGCAAACGCUAUGACGUAUCGACAUUGGCACAGCCUCAAUUCGGCGAUUACUUAAGCACCAUAUAUGAGACGACACUGCAACGCCUAGGAGCAGCGGAUGUGGAUUUGGAGGUCAAGGAACGGUCGAUUAUAGCUCUGGGAGUACUUCUGUCGCAAGCUGGUGACCUCUUGCCCGCAGAUCAGAUACAGUCCAUCGUUCUGCCGUUGCUUGUCGAUCGCUUGAAGAACGAGCUCACGCGGCUGACGACAGUGCGCGUCAUUAAGAGCAUCGCUGAAAGCCCUCUCGCCGAAAGCACUAGCACAAAGGUUAUUGACCUUUCGCCGGUUCUUCCUGAAGUCGUAUCGGAACUGGCCUCGUACCUGCGCAAAACUCAUCGGCAGCUCCGUGUUGCUAGCCUCCAGACAUUGGAGAGUCUCAUUCGGCGAUACGGCAAAGUCAUCCAUGGAGAUAUCUACGUUCAAAUUUUGGCAGAGGUUCGCCCACUUCUUUCAGACUCGGAUCUCCAUAUUCUCCCACUGGCGAUCAACGUUAUUUCCAUUAUCAUUUUCAACGGCCCGAACGACCGCGUGUUGCCAGUGGUGAAAAACGAGUUGCAGCCGCAAAUCGUGAGAAUGAUCAUGGAAUCGCCCCACUUGCUGGGAGCGGGUCCGGGACUCGACAGCUUGACACAGCUUUGGCAAGCCAUCGUCCGGAUCGGCGGAAGUGACAUGUUUGAGCACUCCGUUCAGAUUCUUCUCAAACCGGUCACCUCAGGGGUAGAUGGGUUGGCCAGCGGAAAGCAGGCGUUGUCGAUCAUCGCGCAGUCGCUAGCCAUUCUGUGCCUCAACUUUUCCCCUGGCGGUAAUGCGACUGUGCAAAAGUUCAUCACGGAAGUCGAGAAGAACAGCGCCCCGGAGAACACGCUUUAUGUCAGUCUUUUGACUUUGGGUGACGUUGGGCGGAACAUGGAUCUUGCCACGCAGCAUGAGAGUGUUGACCAGAUCGUGCUCAAUCUCUUCGCAUCUCCUUCCGAGGACAUCAAACAGGCCGCUGCUUUCGCGCUCGGGAAUAUCGCCUUGGGUAACCUCAAGCGUUACAUGCCAGUCGUGCUUCAAACCGUGCGAGAGGGAGGCAAAAGGCGAUACCUGGUUCUGGUGUCCCUCAAAGAAAUCAUCACGCGAUUUUCGCACAAUGAAGCCUCUCCCGAAUCUACGGCCAUUCUGCAUUCAUUUGCACCCGAGUUAUGGCAGCUCCUCUUCCAAAAUACGGAAGAAACAGCGGAAGAGACCACUAGGAACGCCAUUGCCGAGUGCCUUGGAAAACUGUCGCUGUCGCAACCCAGCACGUUUUUGCCCGAUCUGCAAUCCCGCCUCUCUUCCCCGAAUGCACAUGCAAGAGCUACUGUCGUGACGGCGCUUCGGUUCACGUUCACAGAGCACACGCAGCAUGAUGAUUUCGACUCUCUUCUCCGACCUCUAUUACCGCAGUUCUUAAAACUUGUGAAGGACACUGAUUUGAAUGUCCGAAGGGCGUCGUUGGCUACAUUGAAUUCGGCAGCUCAUAACAAACCACACCUGAUCCAAGACAGUCUCCCUGAACUACUCCCUCUCCUGUAUGAAGAAACGGUUGUAAACACCAACUUGAUCCAUGUUGUCGAGAUGGGACCCUUUAAGCAUCAAGUGGACGACGGGCUGGACGCCAGGAAGGCCGCCUACGAGUGCAUGUACACACUCAUUGAAACAUGCCUGUCACGUCUCGACGUAUUCGCCUUCUUGCAAAGAGUAAUGAGCGGGCUACUCGACCCGUCUCAAGAUAUCAAGAUUCUGUCACAUCUGAUGCUCCAACGCCUGUCCCACCUGUCACCAACCGCUGUAGCUCAGAAACUCGACGAGAUGGUUGAACCCCUCAAAACCACCUUGCUCACGAAGACAAAGUCGAACGCAGUCAAACAAGAGGUCGAGAAGACCAACGAGCUCAUCCGGAGCGCGGCUCGGACCGCUCUCAUCCUGUCGAAGAUUAGUGAUAGCGGCGUCAGUCCCCGCUUUGUUGAUUUCUUGAAGGAGAUCCAGAGCCCGCAGAGUCCAGUGGCCGCCAUUGUGGCUGCUGAGGCCCAAGGUGGCCUCUUGAGCAACGGAUGUCCAGUACCGAUGGAUCUAUCUUGAGGCGGCGUGAUUUCGGCUGUAGGAAACCUCCCCUUCGCAUAGGCUAGGUAGUCGUCCAGCGUUCAUUAUUUGCGUUCUUUCCCCUCUGAUUUCAUAUAGCAGCUUAUUCGAUUAUAGCGGGUAUUCGCUAAGAGUCUACUGAAAUGAUGGUGAUAUUGGAUUGUAUCUAAGUAUCGGCGAGUGUGGUGGUACUCCCCGAUUGUGAAGCGGCACCACUGCCGGGACCCCUCCACAGGGGGAGGAGCCCUAGAU